AUGGCUUUGGCAAGUGAGAAACAUGCAAAUGAAGAAACCAAGCUUAUUCUCUCCCUUCCUAAAGAGAGAGGUCUGGGUGGAGCCCCCUAUCUCCAUCUAUUUGAAGAUUUUUGGUGCCCAUCAUAUUAUAUUCAAGGAGUAGACAAUUUUCAAAAGUAUUUUCAUGCAGAAGACAAUGAUGUUUUUGUUGCCAGCUUUCCAAAAUCAGGUACUACCUGGUUGAAAGCCCUUACUUUUGUUAUUGUAAACAAUCAACGGUUUUCCUCCUUCGAGCACCAUCCAUUACUUACUUCCAAUCCUCAUGAGCUUGUGUCUUUCCCUGAAUUUAUCUUGUCUCGUGAUUUCGAUAACCAAAUUCUUUCCCUCUCCAACAUGAGUGAGCCAAGACUUCUUGGUACUCACGUUCCCUUCCCUUCAUUACCCGAGUCAAUCACAAAAUCUAAUUGCAAGAUCAUUUAUAUAUGUAGGAAUCCAUUUGAUAUUUUUGUUUCAGCAUGGGAAUUCUUUACUAAAAUGAAGUUAGUGUCUUUACCUGCAUUAACGUUCGAGGAAGCCUUUGAGAAAUAUUGCAAUGGGAUAAUGGGGUUUGGUCCAUGGUGGAGUCAUAUGUUAUGUUACUGGAAGGAGAGUAUAGCCAGACCAAACAAAGUUCUGUUCUUGAAAUAUGAGGAUCUUAAAGAGGAUACUGAAUUUCAUGUGAAAAGAAUUAUUGAGUUCUUGGGUUGUCGUAUCAAUGAAGAAGGAGAGAGUACCAGCAUGAUUGAAAACGUAAUCAAACUCUGUAGGUUUGAGAAGAUGAAAGAUUUGGAAGUGAAUAAAUCAGGAGAUAUAGACAAUAUCGCAGAGAAGAAGAACUUCUUUCGGAAGGGAAAAAUAGGAGAUUGGAUAAAUUAUUUUUCUCCCUCUAUGAUGGAAAAAUUAUCUAAUGUUAUUGAAGAAAAAUUAAGUGGAUCAG